CUAACUAACGAUAACUUCAAACAGAUUGAUCGUUCGAGUCUUAAAAUUUCAAACAAAACAUACAAGACCCAAAAUAGCUCUCGAGCAUUCUCCCACCUCGUCAUCCGAAAAAAAAAACUCCCUCAGAAAGACACUUCCAAAUUUCGAGUAGUACCCACGACUACACCUACAGGGUAUUAAUAAAAUUUUCAAAAGUCGAAGGGUAUAAUUGAAAGACGAAGUGUCGGGUCAUCCCAUAGAAUGAGGAGAGAAAGAAGGAUUGAGUGUUGGUCACAAAGAAAGUGUAUAAAAGGGUUAGUCCUAAUUAUGGAAAUGGCUAUGUGGAAGGUGUUAGCCAUCUCCAUCUCCAUUAACCUUAAACCAUUGAAAGCAACAAGAACGAGUCAUUGCGAGAAGAAGAAGGAGCAUGAAGAAACACCAUAAUGAGUCCCCUUAUUAAUUCUCCUCCUCCUCCGCCGUCUCCUCCGCCGCCAUCUCCUCCUUCCUCCUCCUCCUCCUCCUUCCUCCUCCAUGUCUUUUUCCGGCCAAUGUCCACCGAUUUCUCCCACUCUUCUUUCUCCCCUGAAGAACACUCCACUCCUCCUCUCACCAUUAUCCUCACUCUCAUCCUCCUCGCCUUCCUCCUCGUCGGCUUCUUCUCCAUCUACUUCUGCCGCUGCAUCAUGGACUCCCUCCUCCAUUCCCGCAACCUCCGCCGCUCCCCUUCCGGCAAUAUCCUCCACCCUUCCGCCGAUUCCCCCACCGUCCCUCCCGGCCUCGACCCACUUCUCAUAAACACCUUCCCCACCUUCCCAUAUUCCGGCAUCAAGGAAUUUCGCAGCGACAAAUUCGGAUUAGAAUGCGCCAUUUGCUUACUUGAAUUCGACGACGACAGCUUCCUCCGCCUCCUCACUGUCUGCUGCCAUGUCUUCCAUCAAGAAUGCAUUGAUCUCUGGCUUGAAUCCCACAAAACCUGCCCUGUUUGUCGCCGGAAUCUCGACUCCGAUUCCGCCAGAAACUCCGCCGAUAAGCCCCCUGAUUCCGAUGAUCAUGACAACCCACCACGCAGUACCCAUCAUGAAUCAAUCGAAGAUGCUAUUAGUAUUGACAUUGACGACGACGUCGACGACGAUGACAACGCCGACGCCGAUGACGACGACGAUCGCCGGUCUGGUUCGAACAGAGGAAAACAGAGUAUAAAAACAGAGGAGGCGGAGGACGACGGUAUCAAGAAAUUCUCGAGAUGCCAUUCAACGGGUCAUUCGAUUUUGAAGGCGAGAAGGAAAGAUGAUGAUCGGUAUAAGCUGAGAUUGCCGGAACAUGUAAAGAUUAAGAUCAUUAGAGGGCAUAAUUGGACGGGGAGUUGUGUGACUUUUGAAGAAUUUUUACGAAAUCCUGGGAAUGGUGGUGGGUUCUCGGAGCUAUCUGAAUCUGAUGAUCGAAUUGAUUUGCAGAAGCCGCCAUGAUUGAGUUUCUUGAGUUUGAUUCUUCUCUUUCUCUCUAUCAGUUUUGAUUUGAUGCAUUGAGUUUUGUAUCCAUUAAAGAGUUUUGAUUCGUUUUGUUUACAACAGGGUAGUCGUUUUUUGUUUAGGUUCUUUAUCGAUUGCUCUAGAAGAUUACAAAAAUUAUUCAAUGAGAUUUGAAUAUUUUUGUUUAGGUUCUUUAUUAAUCUUCUAUAAUCAUAUUGGAUAUAAGCUCUAGUGACUUUGUUUAUAAUUUAUUUGAAAAGUCGGAUAGUAAUUGAGCUUUAAACACAUUUCCAACUAGAGAUAUCCAUUGAACGGGUAGAGAUUGAACGGGUAGAGAUGAGAAAAUCUUCUCCAUCUUUCUGUUUUAAUUCUCAUCCUUACAAUUUUUUUUUAUUUAUUUUCACGAAGAUCGAGUGUGUGUAUGGAUGAAAGAUGUUCAGUGCCCAUUUAGCUAAGUGGGUGGGAGGUUUCCUUGCUCUGUUUGAGAUAGCUUAACAGGUUAACGUGAAAUUCUAACUUUGGGGUUAAAUGGACAUUUUUACUUCUAACCCACGAGGAUGUGUGUGUGGGCAGGAGAUGUCCACGAGAUCCGUUUAGCUAGUGGGAAAAAAUUUCUCAUACAUUUUACUUCUAACCCACGAGGAUGUGUGUGGACAGGAGAUGUCCACGAGAUGCGUUUAGCUAAUGGGGGAAAAUCUCUCAUACCCCCCUUCUCUAUUUCUUGUUUAAACAAAGAUUUCUUGUUCCGUUCGAGAUAAGUCUAUGUAAGAUUUCAACUUUGGAGUUAAAUGUGCAUUUCUACUUCUAACCCAUGUGGAUGUGCGUACGGACAAGAGAUGUCCACGAGACCCGUUUAGCUACCGUGAAAAAAUCUCUCCUACCCCCUUCUCUAUUUCUUGUUUAAACGAGGAUUCCUUGCUCCAUUCGAGAUAGGUCUACGUGAAAUUUCAACUUUGAGGUUAAAUGAACAUUUCUAAUUCUAACCCACGGAGAUGUGUGUGUGGACAAGAGAUGUCCACGAGAUCCAUUUAGCUAACGUAAAAAAAAUCUCGCCUAUCUCCUCUAUUUCUUAUUUAAACGAGAAUUCCUUGCUCCGUUCGAGAUAGGCCUAACUGGAGUUAGAGUUGGAGAUGAAUGAAGAGUGGUAGAGUAGAGGCCCAUAAACCCAAAGCC